AUGGCACUGGCCGACACCGAGCUCGGAGGGUCCACCUGCGGAGACUCGGGCUCUCCUUUCACAGAGAUUAUCGAGCUGAAUGUCGGCGGACAGGUUUAUGUCACGAGGCACAAAACUCUCAUCGCGGUCCCAGACUCUCUCCUGUGGACCAUGUUCAGCAAGAAGUCCCCCAAGGAGUUGGCGAGAGACAGCAAAGGGCGCUACUUCUUGGAUAGAGACGGCUUUUUGUUCCGCUACAUCCUCGAUUACCUCCGGGACUUGAACCUGGUGCUCCCGGACUAUUUCCCGGAGAAAAGUCGUCUGCAGAGGGAGGCUGACUUCUUCCAGCUGCGGGACCUCGCCAAACGCCUGAGCCCUCGAGUGAGCAAGGACAAUUCGAUCAGCGAGGAGAUCAGCCAGAGCGACACUGAAGAGAGCGCGCAGCAGUGCGGCUCCUCCGGCACCAUGGAGACUUUACGCACGAUGACGGUCAGCUCCAGCGGGGCCAUGCGCUCCCCUUCUCUGGACUCCAGAAAGUCAGGCUACAUCACGAUAGGAUACCGCGGUUCGUACACGAUCGGCAGAGACAUCCAAACUGACGCCAAGUUCAGGAGAGUGGCGCGCAUCACAGUGUGCGGGAAGACGUCCCUGGCCAAAGAAGUGUUUGGAGAAACGCUGAAUGAGAGCAGAGACCCGGACAGGCCUCCAGAGAGAUACACGUCCCGAUAUUACCUCAAGUAUAAUUUCCUAGAGCAGGCGUUUGACAAGCUGACAGAGGCGGGAUUUCACAUGGUGGCCUGUAGCUCCACAGGCACCUGCGCCUACACCAGCAACGAUCCAAACGAGGACAAAAUAUGGACAAGUUACACUGAAUACGUCUUCUGCCGGGAAUAA